CCCUUCCCCUAAACAUUUCCGACUAUCCUCCUCCGCCUUCUCCCCUCCGCCGCCGCCGUCAUGCCUCAACAAAGAACUUCCGCCGCCGCCGCCGCCGCCGCCGCGAGGCUCAAGUACGUGAAGCUCGGCUACCAAUAUCUCGUCAACCACAUCGUCGCCUUUCUCCUCGUCCCCAUAAUUGCGGCGGUUUUCGUGAAAAUACUCAGCCUGGGAGACGACGACGUGGCGGCGCUCCGCCUCCGCGCGGCGCAGCUCUCGGCGGCGGAGAUACUCUCCUCCGCCUUCGCGGUGGUCGGCGUGGCGACGGCGUAUUUUAUCUCGAAGCCGCGCGCGAUAUACCUGGUCGACUACGCCUGCUACAAAGCGCCGGUCAUGUGCCGCGUGCCCUUCUCGACCUUUAUGGAACAUUCUAGACUCAUCCUCAAAGAUAACCCCAAAAGCGUCGAUUUCCAGAUGCGGAUUCUAGAAAGAUCCGGCCUCGGCGAGGAGACCUGCCUCCCGCCGGCGAUUCACUACAUUCCGCCGACGCCGACGAUGGAGUCCGCCAGAGGCGAGGCGGAGGUCGUCAUCUUCUCCGCCAUCGACGCGCUGAUGGAGAAGACCGGAGUUCGUCCCAAGGACAUCGACAUUCUCAUCGUCAAUUGCAGCCUCUUCUCGCCGACGCCGUCGCUGUCCGCCAUGGUCGUCAACAAGUACAAGCUCCGGAGCAACGUGAAGAGCUUCAACAUCUCCGGCAUGGGGUGCAGCGCCGGAAUAAUCGCCGUCGAUUUAGCUCGAGAUCUCCUCCAAGUUCACCCAAAUUCCUACGCCCUAAUUGUCAGCACAGAAAUCAUUACCCCAAAUUACUACCAGGGAAGUGAACGGGCGAUGCUCCUCCCCAAUUGCCUCUUCCGGAUGGGCGGCGCCGCCAUCCUCCUCACCAACAAACGCCGGGAGAGCCGCCGCGCGAAGUACAAGCUGGUGCACGUGGUCCGCACGCACAAAGGCUCCGACGACAAAGCGUACAAGUGCGUGUACGAGCAGGAGGACCCCGCCGGAAAAGUCGGAAUCAAUCUCUCAAAGGAUUUAAUGGUGAUCGCCGGCGAAGCUCUGAAAUCGAACAUCACGACGAUCGGUCCGCUUGUCCUGCCGGCGUCGGAGCAGCUCCUCUUCCUCUUCACCCUAAUCGGCCGGAAAAUCUUCAACCCUAAAUGGAAGCCGUACAUCCCUGACUUCAAGCAAGCUUUCGAGCACUUCUGCAUCCACGCCGGCGGGCGGGCGGUGAUCGACGAGUUGCAGAAGAACCUCCAGCUGUCGCCGGAGCACGUGGAGGCGUCGCGGAUGACUCUCCACCGGUUCGGCAAUACGUCGUCGUCUUCCCUCUGGUACGAAAUCGGAUACAUCGAGGCCAAAGGGAGGAUGAAGAAGGGCGAUCGCGUCUGGCAGAUUGCGUUCGGAAGCGGAUUCAAAUGCAACAGCGCCGUCUGGAAGUGCAACCGGACGAUCAAAACUCCGGCGGAGGGGCCAUGGGAGGACUGCAUCCACAGGUACCCUGUGCACAUUCCAGAAAUAAUCAAGCUCUAAUUAAUUAAAUUAAAUUAAUUAAAUAAUUGAUCGGUCAAUCAAUCAAUCAAUAUUUAUACUUAUAUUUAUAUAUAUAUAUAUUAUAUAUAAAUAAAUGUAAGAUUACUAUAACUACUACUACCACUACGUAUUAUGGUGCUGGUACGGUGGGUGUGUCGUCUUCUUCUUCCAUUUAAUUUUAUUUAAAUUUUUUGGGGGGUUCGAAAUUCGAUCAGGAUUUAAUUAAUUAGAUCCAGUUCGUCAUGAUCGUGUAAUGUUAAUUAUUUUUCCCAUUCAGAAUUUUAAUUAAUUAAUUAAUUAAUUAUCCAUGA